AAAUUUUCUGCUUUUGCAUGUGUAAAUAGACGCCUAUUUUUAAACAGUAAGUAAUGACAUUCCAAUUCAUUCCAUUGGAUUUCUUUUAAAUAUCCAGAAACCAUCGAGGCAUGAGUCUAUCAGAAAUUAGUGAGAACACGAGGACAGGCCGUGAAAGUGCCUUACUUGGUGAUUAUGAAACCUCCAUGGUCUACUACCAAGGUGUGAUUCAACAAAUUCAUAGGCUGAUAGGCUCCAUUAAAGACCAAGAACGUAAACGGAUGUGGAAUCAGCUGAAGGGAGAAAUUACCAAAGAAUAUGAGCAAGUGAAAGAGAUCAGCACUACUCUUCAGUCUUUUAAAGUGGAAUCUGCCCACAGCCCCAAUGCUGCCUAUGGAUCUGUGAACAGCUAUGAUAGAGGCUACCACCAGGAUUAUCAUGACCCCAGACAUGAGGAACCUACCAGAGAUCCAGAUGUUUGGCCACCUCCCACUCCUGUUGAACAGAGGCCUUCACCAAACCUUCGAGGUGGAUAUCAGCGUGCUGGGCAACAAAAGAUAACUCCCAACGGUCGGGCUGGGAGGCCCGUCCAGGUCCCUGGCAAGUCUUCAGUUACCCCAGGUCCAGCCAGGGGUCGAGGGGGUGCAGCUCCAGGUAGAGAAGCCAGCGCUAAAGGGAAGAAAGGAGCAGAAAAUCCAGAUGAAAAAAAGUUUGAGCCUCAAGGACAUGACAAAGACUUGGUUGAACAUUUAGAGCGAGACAUUGUCCAAAGGAACCCAAAUGUUCGAUGGGACGACAUUGCGAGUUUGACAGAAGCAAAAAAACUUCUGGAGGAGGCAGUGGUUUUACCUUUAAUUGUCCCAGACUUUUUUAAAGGCAUUAGACGACCUUGGAAGGGUGUGCUGAUGGUAGGCCCACCAGGGACAGGAAAAACCCUGCUGGCAAAGGCUGUGGCAACAGAGUGUGGCACAACAUUUUUCAAUGUGUCAACUUCCAGUCUCACCUCCAAAUGGCAUGGGGAGUCAGAGAAGCUUGUGCGUCUGUUGUUUGAAAUGGCUAGAUUCUAUGCUCCAAGUACAGUGUUUAUUGAUGAGAUUGAUUCCAUUUGUUCUAAACGUGGGUCAGGAUCAGAACAUGAAGCUAGUCGCAGGGUCAAGUCUGAGAUUCUUGUACAGAUGGAUGGUGUCAGCAGUGAAAGUGAAGACCCCACUAAAGCAGUUAUGGUUCUUGCUGCCACCAACUUUCCCUGGGACCUUGACGAGGCUUUGAGGAGAAGGUUGGAGAAAAGGAUCUAUAUCCCACUGCCAGAUGCUGAAGGCAGGAAACAGCUUCUGGACAUCAACUUGAAGGAAGUAGAAACAGGACCAGACGUUGACAUAUCUAAAAUAGCCGACAUGCUGGAUGGUUACUCUGGUGCAGAUAUCACUUGUGUUUGUCGAGAUGCAGCCAUGAUGUCAUUCCGCCGUAGGAUAGCCGGCCUGCGCCCUGAUGAAAUCCGCCAGAUACCUAAAGAUGAGUUGACUCUGCCAACGACCAUGGAAGAUUUUACUGAGGCCAUCAAGAAAGUUAACAAAAGUGUCUCGCAGGAGGACAUUGAGAAAUACAAGAAGUGGAUGGAUGAAUAUGGAUCUGUCUAAACUACUAGUUAACCAUUUGGUUAGGUUUCAAGAGUCUGGUUAGCCUGCUACUUAAAUGUUUGGCUAGGUUUUUUACGCUCAAUAAUUUAUCUUCAUUUGACGGGGACCUUUAUCCUCUUUUAAAAACAACUUGUGAAUUAAAUCUCUUUAGAUUUGUGAAAUCUGAACAGGAAGAAUUACUUCCCAUGGUUUUUGUACAGGUACAAAGAAUUCUGUCCCUUUGAGCUGUCUAAAAGUUCAAAGUGUACAAUAGCUGACAGGUGUCACGUCUCUAGCUACAUUUCAUGUACAUCUUGUAAUAAGUGUACACUUCCAUAUGAUACUAACUAACUUUAAGACAAUGAUAUGUUUAUAUUUAAAUAUAAAAAAAAUACAAUAUGUUCACAAGCUAGCAUCUAUUUCUGUUGGUCAUCAACAGCUGUUUUUUUUAUAACCAACAUGAGACAGUCUGAGAAUAUGGUCACUUAUGUUAAAACUGCAACAUAGACAUGAAUUUAAAACAGCAAGUGUGUAACGUAUGUAUGUAUUUUACCAGUGGACAUAGCUGUGUGUAACUAAUUAGGUAAUUAUGUAUGUAGGUAUGUUUAUUUGCUUGAAUCCUUGUAUGUGUGUUUAAAAAGUUGUCUCUAUGUUAUUGUUUUUAUUUGUACAUAGUUAAUGCUAAUGACAUUGUUAGUUAUGUGGUGAUUGGGGUUUGUUGCCAUCUUCAUGACAAAUCAUUGUGUACAAUGAUUUUCUAAUUAUGGGAAUAGGUCAUUUAUAAUAAAUUUUGCUUCCAUUUGUGACUACAAUUUUCUUAAAAUGUCUGUUAAAAAAUAAAUCUGAUUAUAAAUGUUUAAAAAACUUUUGCA